GGGAGGUGUAGUGAGCUGGCGCUGUCCCGCCGUCCCCAGGCUCUCUGUUGUCUCCAGCACGCAGCAGGCAGUGAGUGACAUACCCAGAGGUAGGCAGCCCUCCGGGGCCCCGGGACUCCAACCACCCCGUACGACAUCCAUCCAGUUAUCAAGCCUGGACUCGAGGACGUCUGCAGCGCGCCCGCUCCCAGGCUUCCAACUGUGCUUCUCUGGGUCCAGCCGCAGCUGCCAGAAUGGACCAGUCUGGGGCCAUUCAGGAGACCCUGGCCCAGGGCGAACACUGCAUUAUUGCAGUACAGGGUGUAGUGUGUGCUGAGGAUAGUCUACAAAGCCGCCUUUUGGGCUUGGUCCGAUGUGGCUCGGAGUAUGCCCUCUUCCUGUACAGUCAUCGAAGGAUGGCGAUCACUGGCGAGGAUGUGUCCCUGGACAAAGUGGUGCCCAUCACCAGGAAUUUUACAGUGGAAGAAGUAUCCCCUGACUGUGACCUCCAUGUCCUGGGCUCUGAUGUGACUGUCUGGAUAGAGUCUGAAGAGAUAAGCUUCACUGUGAGGCUCCCCUUUGGCUCUCACACAAGAACAUUCCUUCAGGAAGUCAUCAGAUCCUGCCCACCCCCAGGCCCUGGAGUCCCAGAUCCCCAGUUCCGGUGGCUGGGCCGGUACCGGUGCGCAGGUCUGGAGGAGGAACAGCAGCCGAAGCAGCAGCAGCAGCCUCAGGAACCUGUGCUUGCAGUAGCAGAUGCUGAAGAACUGAAGCCAAAUGGGAAAGGAGUGCUGGGAGAGCCAAACUCUUGGAUUUUGGAGAAGCCUGAAGCUGCAUCUGCCAGGCCGAAUAAGUCAAAGUCUGAAAUUACCAGCGACAUGGUACGGUCUUCCACCAUGACUGUUUCAGACAAAGCUCAUAUCUUAUCGAUGCAGAAGUUUGGACUCCGAGACACAAUUGUGAAAUCCCAGCUGGUACAGAAGGAAGAGGCUUACACUUACAUCCAGAACUUCAGGUUCUUUGUGGGAACAUACAAUGUGAAUGGCCAGUCCCCCAAAGAAUGCCUCCGGCCUUGGCUAAGCCAUGAUGUUCAGCCUCCAGAUAUAUAUUGCAUAGGGUUCCAAGAACUGGAUCUGAGUAAAGAAGCUUUUUUUUUCAAUGAUACCCCAAAAGAGGAAGAGUGGUUUAAAGCUGUAACUGAGGGUCUGCAUCCAGAUGCCAAAUAUGCAAAAGUGAAACUUAUCCGACUGGUUGGGAUCAUGCUGCUUCUUUAUGUUAAGCAAGAGCACGCAGUGCACAUCUCAGAAGUCGAAGCUGAGACGGUGGGGACAGGAAUCAUGGGCAGGAUGGGUAAUAAAGGAGGAGUGGCAAUCCGGUUCCGAUUUCAUAAUACAAGCAUCUGCAUUGUGAAUUCUCAUCUGGCAGCCCACACUGAGGAGUAUGAGAGGAGGAACCAGGACUACAAAGACAUAUGUUCCCGAAUGCAGUUCUCUCAGGUUGAUCCAAAUCUUCCACCUCUCACCAUCAGCAAGCAUGAUGUGAUCCUGUGGCUGGGAGACCUCAACUACAGAAUAGAAGAGCUGGAUGUGGAAACAGUGAAAAAACUCAUCGAGGAGAAGGCAUUUCAAACCCUGUACACGUACGAUCAGCUGAAAAUUCAAGUAGCUGCAAAAGCCGUCUUCCACGGCUUCACAGAGGGGGAGCUAUCUUUCCAGCCUACCUACAAGUAUGACACUGGCUCUGAUGAGUGGGAUACCAGUGAAAAGUGCCGAGCCCCUGCCUGGUGUGACCGGGUCCUGUGGAAGGGGAAGAACAUUACUCAGCUGAGUUACCAAAACCACAUGGCACUAAAGACCAGUGACCACAAGCCAGUUAGCGCAGUGUUUGACAUUGGGGUAAGAGUGGUAAAUGAAGAGCAAUACCGGAAAACCCUGGAAGAGAUUGUCCGAUCACUGGAUAAAAUGGAGAAUGCCAACAUCCCAUCAGUGACCCUGUCCAAAAGAGAGUUCUGCUUCCAGGAUGUGAAGUACAUGCAGUUGCAGGUAGAGUCUUUCAUGAUUUAUAAUGGCCAAGUGCCCUGCCAGUUUGAAUUCAUCAACAAACCUGACGAAAAUUCCUACUGCAAGCAGUGGCUGAAUGCCAACCCCAGCAAGGGAUUUCUUCUGCCUGAUUCUGCCAUUGAGAUUGAAUUGGAGCUGUUUGUUAAUAAAACCACUGCUACAAAGCUCAAUUCGGGGGAGGACCAAAUUGAAGACAUUCUGGUUUUGCACCUGGACAGGGGGAAGGAUUACUUUUUAUCUGUGUCUGGGAACUACCUGCCCAGCUGUUUUGGUUCUCCCCUCCACACUCUGUGCUACAUGCGGGAGCCCAUCCAGGACUUGACACCUGAAACCAUUCAAGAAUUGACCUUAAUGCCCCUGCAGACAGAAGAUGACGGGACCCGGGAAGAGAAGCCUCUAGAAAUCCCCAAAGAGCUCUGGAUGAUGGUCGAUCACUUGUAUCGAAACGCUUCCCAGCAGGAAGAUCUGUUUCAGCAGCCAGGCCUGAGGUCAGAGUUUGAGCUGAUUCGUGACUGUUUGGACACUGGAGUGCUCGACACCCUCUCUGGGAGCAAUCACUCUGUGGCAGAGGCCCUGCUGCUCUUCCUAGAGAGUCUGCCCGAGCCCGUCAUCUGUUACAACCUGUAUGACACCUGUCUGGAGUGUUCGAGCAACUACCCAUUGAGUAAACAGGUCAUCUCCACUCUCCCCACUUGCCACAAAAAUGUCUUCAAUUAUUUGAUGGCAUUUCUGAGAGAAUUACUGAACAAUUCAGGGAAGAACCAUUUGGAUGAGAAGAUUUUAGCUAGCACAUUUGGCAGCUUGCUGCUCCGUCCCCCAGCAGGUCACCAAAAGCCAGAUGUGGCAGAGAAGAAGAAGGCUCAGGACUUCAUCCAGCAGUUCCUUGUGUGAGGAUUCAGCACACCCUAAGGCCUGCCUACAGCUGUCCUCCCUACUCACUGCUGGCAUCCCCAGUCAUCCCUAGCUGUUUCAACUCAGUGACCCGCUUUGGGUUGCCUGCCUGUGAGUUCCCUUGGGAGCCAGGAUGCUGGCUGACUGAUUUCAGAGCACAGCUUCAAUUUCUAGCCCCUAUUGUCAGCACACACAGCUUUGAGUCAAAAAGAACGUUGAGUAAUCACAGCCUGAGGACAACUAGCCAAUAGAAUGGACAUUCGAUGUUCAAUUGCUUAUUUAAUACACAUAUAUAGCUCUUAUCAUUUCCUUUUUUAAAAAAAGAGGAAAAGGGGUUUAAAAAACCCCAAUAAAUACUAUUAGCUAGUUUCUUGUGUUCACCUAGCUCAUCAUGAGGCCACCUGUGUUGCUUGGGCUGUGCUCACCAUCGUGUCAUUAAACACCUUGGAAUCCUGGGACAGCAAGAGUACGUGAGUCAGCAGGUCUGCAGGUGCUAGCCAAGCCACAAGGGCUUUUUCCAGAGCUUGGUUUGAGGACCUGGGCUCUCGAAUGAGCUUGGGCAUCCCCAGAAGAGGAUGGACAACCUGGGCCUGGCCAAAGAACCUUUGCAAGCAACAGGACUUGAAGAUUCAGAUGAAGUAGCAAGGUGGAAGCAAAUGGGAUUUCUCUCAGCUUGCUUAUCUCCCACACUGUAGAUACUGCAUCUCUCUGAUAAGUGUAAUAUAUUUUAAUGAUAAAUGUAUUUUUAACAGCG